AUGACGGCGGCGGAAGUAACCCCCCAAACCGCUAGCAAGGUCGACGUCGACCAGCCAUUUAACACCACAAUGAAGAAGCCGGGCCGCCGCGUCUCCUUCUCCGAAAAUCCACCGAAGCACCGCCGCUCCGCCUCUGACGAAGACGAGGAGCGCCGGCCGCGGCACUGCCGGUUAAACUGCUGCGUGUGCUGCUGCUGGGUGUGGCUGGUUGGGGUGGGAGUGGGGCUGCUGCUGGUCCUGGGCGGCGCCCUCUUCUUCUCCUUCCUCAAGUCAGCCCUGCCCACCAUCCGAAUCAUCGGGGCCACCGUCCCCACCCUCAACGUCAUCAACUCAACGUCGACGACGACGACAGCGUCGUUGUAUGCAGACGUAAAUCUGGUAAUGGAGGCGUCCAACGAUAACGCGAGGGUGGGGGUGGAGGUGGGGGGCAUGAGGGUGAGGGUACUAUGGGCGGAGCGGGUGGGGGUGGAGCUGGGCGGGGCGGAGGUGGGGUGGCCUCGGCUGCUGGCACCGGGGAAGUCGGGGGAGGUGAAGGUGGGGACCAAGGUGAGGAAGGGGGCGGUGGACAGAGAGGACGGGGCGGGGCUGAAAUCGGAUUGGGCCAAGGGAGAAAUGGAGUUGGAGGUGGUGGGGCGGGGAACCAUUGGGUUCUGGGUUGGGGGGAAUCGGAUCAUGGGCGGCUGGCCCCUCGCCGUCGCCUGCCACAAUGUGUCGGUGGCCAUGGUUAACGCCGGCAGGUGGGGCAACUGCACCCUGAAUCUCAUAAGCAUCAGGGAUUUAUAUGAUGGCCGCGAGGGCCGAGUUUUACUAGAUGGCCAAAGGCCGUAG